UAUUAAGGGGUUCAGAAAUUUUUGAAAAACAUUAAAGUUUCAUACUGGUCAUUUUUAUGAUCUAGUGGUUAUCAUUCAAUUACUAGAUGAAAGAAAUCCUAAGCGAAUUUGAAUCAAGUCAGUCAGAAUUAUCCCAAAGCACAGAUAAUGCUUCCCAGGAAGAGCACUACUCCAGCACCAUAAUGACAUCACCAAAUAAAGAAACUGUUUCACAAGAAGGUCCAAUAUUUGAAAAGGCAUUUAUUGGUGACAAAACAUAUUAUUUAGUCCCAGAAAACCUUGCAAAAUAUGUUCCCAAUUCAAAAGUGCAUUUGCAGUACUUUCCUGGUCUAGGUCCAGUAGAGGUAGCAAACAAUCUGAUGUACAUAGACAUGUCAAUUGUUGAUAAAUUUUGAGAAACUGUUUCAAGUAGUACAGAUUUGCAAGAAGAAGUAAAGCUUUGCAGAGAACAUUUUUGGUCCUUGUACAGCAGUGAUGAUCAGCAACCAUCUUUAAAUCCAUCAAAGUGAAAGAACUUUGCAAGCAGGCAGGAGCAACAAAAAUCUUUGAUGCCAUUUUGAAUGCCAUGUCUUGUGUGGGCCAAUCAGAUAAGAAACGAAUGUCUAAUGAAAAGAAAGUUGUUGCAAUUCUUUUUAUCUUCAUGUUUGGCCAAUCACACAAGACGAAGUGUUCAUAAAAAUAUGGAGAAACACAACAAUGCUGUUUUUGACUACAUAAAUGAGGCUGUCACAAACAGAGAACUUCUAAUUCUACUUAUAGAUGAUUACACAAAUAUUCAUACCAAAAGACGUCCGAAAGAUUUGAAAACCUCUGAUGCCAGAAGUAUGGCUACAAUCCUGUUAAAAAAGUUUCCAGGAAUACAUGCGAUAUCAUCCAAUGGAAAUCACACAAAUCCAGAUGGUAUCAGCAGCAACCUUCUUUCCCAAUUCGCCAGUGAAAAUAUGUACAAAGCAUCUUCUACCUUUGCCUCUACCAUGCCCUUGUGGAUAACUGCAGAAUUUUUUGACCCUGAAAAAGAGAGAAAGAGACUUGAGAUCCAUGACUAUCAAGCUAUGCAGCAAAGGAGAGAUAUGAGACGAAUGCAGCAAUGCAAACUGUUAGAUGAACUUGAAUUGCCAUUGAAGAAUUUUGAAAAUUUUUUGCAAGCCCUCAAACACACUACUGACCAAGGCCUAUUGCAAUACCUAGACUUGACUCUCCUCAAUCUUCUUGACAACUAUCUUCCACUUGGUCUGUCCAUCUAUUCAAUCAUUUUCAAAAGUGGUCAAACUGAGCUCUUUGUUGACUCAAUUUUCAGGUGCUGGAUGAUGUUUUUCUGCUUUCGGAGACGCCACUACAACAAAGCUCCUCUUGUCUGGUUAAGCAACUUUUUAUAUUGGAAACAAAUAGGUCAUCCACUUUUUCAGCUCAUUCUUGAUCAUUCUUGAUCAUAAUCAGCAUUUUGGAUGACAUCAGACAGCACCCAAACCAAGCUACACAAGUUAAUAGGCCAAAAGGAAAACAGAAAUCUAUGUCUUACUGGAAGAUGCCAAGUAUCUAUGGAGAUGAUGCUGUAGUAUCAACACAGGUCCUUCCACUUUGAUUCCAAUUUGCUGGUAAAGAGCCAAACCCAAACAGGUUUGUGUUAAAGAAUGCCUCUAAUAUAUAAUAAGCAUUAUUCUAUAGAGAACCAUAAUAAUGAUAGGUUUCCUUUAUAAUUUUAGAUAUUACACAGCCCUCAUUUCCAGAUGACCUUUGAUAAAUAGUAAGGACUAUUUUGAUGCAAAUGCCCAACAUCGUUUCCACCAUGAUCCAUUGUUAACUCUCACAAGUGAAUAAAGAGAAGUCUUUUAAA